AUGAUUCAAGUUCAGAAAGAAGAAGAGAAGCACAUGAGAGAGACAGAGGCAUACACUGCCAUAGACGAUGAGAUAGUAGAAGAAAGCACAAAAGAUAGCACAGAGGAUGCAGACGAAGGUCAAAAGACCUCUAAGCUUGCAAUGGAGAUGCUAGAGAAAGACAUCAGCCAUUCCGAGACCGAGUACAUAGAAAAUACCCUGGAUGAAAGCCCAGACACACCCGCACAGGAAGAAGAUGCGCAAAAGGAUGAAAAUGCUGAUAUAUCAGAAGAAGAGGGGGAUUCUGAUGAAGCAUUCAGCUUAAGUAGCGAUGACAAGUUAAAAGAGUAUGGUGCAGAAGGUGAUGAAAAAGGAGAGGUUAUAUCCAAGAGCGAAGAGGCGCACACGUACAAGAGCAGAGAAAGAAACACAGAAGACCACAAGAAUAGAUUUAAGGAAAAAUAUUUGCCAGCAGAUGAGCUGCAUUCGGAAAAAGAAAAAGAUUCAUCUACGCUGGAAGAUGGGAGAAAAGAAGAGAGCAAAUUAGACAGCCAGAAAAACAGCAUAGGUUGUCUGGAAGAAAAAACAAACAAAAUAAACAAUGAAAAAAAAGACACUGAGGUGAAAAAAUCAAUAACAAACACUGUGGAGGAAAUACCCACGGAGAAUAAUAAAAAAGAAUAUGCAGAAAGUGCAAAAACCGAUGAAAAAGAAAAGAUUGAAGCAUCUAUAGAAAAGAAAGAAAGAGAAACACAAAAUGAGCCAAAGCCAGUAGAUCUAUCAGAGAUAGAAGUGUGCAGAAAAGACACACACAGCGCACAUAUUUCAGCAAUGAAAGAAGAACAGUAUGGGCCACUAUCUGCCAAAGAAAGCAUAGAGCCUGAAGAACAGACAAGCACACAUGUCUCUUUCACUAACCCUUCUCCACAAUUCGAAAACAGUUUGAAUAACAAGAACAUGCAAGAAAAAAAAGAUGCAGUCGUUGCACAAAAACAGCGCAUUCUACAGGGAAUGAGAAGUAGAUUGAGACAUUUAGCCCGCCAAAAAAGACAGAAAACAGAUUCAUCAACAGAGAUCGCAGCUGAAGAAGAGAAUAUUAAAAUAGAAGACGCAGAAAAAGAGGAGCACAAGAUCUACUCUACCAUCAAAACAAUCCUGCAGACCACUGUGCUGCUUCCGCUAUUCGCUUUUCAGCUGAAUGCAAUGAAAAACUACGGAGAAACUCUCAAUGGCUCUAUUAGACAAUACAUACCCGAGCAUGCUGGAUUUAAAAGAUUUGCUGGCGUGCUUUCUCUCGUUCCAACAAUACUAUCGCUAGCUAUCUCAGCAAUAGCCAUGAUAAAUGUGUAUGUAGUAGAGCCAAACAGAGACGCAAGACAGACGAAGAACAAAGAGUCGUCCACUGACAUAAAAGGAUUUGCUUUAUUAGAUAUAAUGAAUAUUACAAUGGCUCUUCCUUUUUUCAUAGGCUUAUCUAAAUAUUCGGUCCAGGCGUUCUUUAGAAGCAGGGCGAACCAGCUGGCACUCGCAUCGAUCACUUGCGAAAUACUUUACAUAGCAUUUAUUAUG